AUGCAAGUGAAGGAAGUACCCUCAGAUGUGGAUGUUUUGAUCAUCGGAGCCGGUCCAGCCGGUCUUAUGGCGGCAGCGUCUCUGGCACGCUAUGGUAUUCACAAUGUCCGCAUCGUUGAUAAGCGAGGUACAAAGGUCUUUACUGGUCAAGCCGAUGGCCUCAACCCACGAUCCUUAGAGGUAUUUCAAGCCUUGGGAAUGGGUGCUCGAUUAUUCGAGGAGGUCAAUCAGUUAGGGGAAAUUUGCUUUUGGAAUCCCGACUCGGACGGCAAAAUCGGUCGCACUGCCCGAAUUCCAGACACUAUCCCAGGCAUCUCUCCAUAUCAACAAUCAGUUGUGCACCAAGGACGAAUCGAGCGCAUGUUUUUGGACAAAAUUUCCGAAUGGUCAACACCAUCAUCUUCUGACAGCUCCGCAUUACCUUGCAUGAAAGUAGAGAGAGCCGUUUGCCCCGAAAUGCUCAUCCUACCGCCACUCUCGGCAUCGGCAUUAUCUGAUUCAGCGGAGGAGCGCAUUAUCGUCCGACUUCGUCACCUUACCCAAGAAGAAGCUCAGCCAGCGCAGUUUUCUCCCAUGGCCCCAGAUGGAAUCUUCCGAUCUAAUAUGUUUCAAGAUGACGCGUUGGAUGUAAAUCCAGUUGGGUUCCCAAGCGAGGAAGUCAUCGAAGAAGUCCGCUGCCGGUUCGUGAUUGGUGCUGAUGGAGCUAGGAGUUGGACACGACAAGCAAUCGGGUAUGAAUUGGUGGGCGAGAGUGAUGACUUUUUCUGGGGUGUUUUGGAUGGUGUUCCGAUCACAAAUUUCCCCGAUAUUAGGAUGCGAUGUGCCAUUCAUUCUGCCCAGAAUGGUUCAGUCAUGAUUAUACCCCGAGAGCAAGAUAUGGUCCGGCUUUAUAUCCAGAUACCCCAACCUGAAAAGGGAAAAAGACCCAAUCGUGCCGAUGUCACCCCCGACAGAUUGCUGAAGGCCGCUCAAUCAAUCUUUGCACCCUACACGAUGGAAAUACCAAAGAUUGAAUGGUAUACGUGCUAUGAAAUAGGGCAACGCUUGGCCAAUCAUUGGUCCUGGAACGACCGGGUCUUUAUUGCUGGCGAUGCAUGUCAUACACAUUCCCCAAAAGCUGGUCAGGGGAUGAACAUAUCAAUGGCCGAUACCUUCAACUUGGCUUGGAAGCUGGCCCACGUCCUUCAAGGAAGGGCUCAUCCGAGUAUUCUGCAGACGUAUGAAAUAGAGCGAGCUCAAAUCGCAAAGGAAUUGAUCGAAUUUGACCAAAAGUUUGCUCGACUGUUCUCAGGGAAGCCAGCAAAAGACGUGCUUGACGAAUCAGGGAUUUCUAUGGAAGAAUUUCAAAGCACAGUGCAGCGAGGAAACAUUUUCUCUAGUGGCACUUCGGUUGAUUAUCCAUCCAGCUUACUGGUAUCCAAGAAUGCAAGGCAAAAAAUUGCACGCGAACUCGCCAGCAACCUUCCCGUCGGCCCCCGUCUUUACAGUCGCCAAGUAGUUGGUGUGGCUGAUGCCAAGCCAUACAUGCUGGGGGAUUUAGCUUGCGCGGAUGGCCGAUGGAAAAUUUUGCUCUUCGGUGGCGACGUCAAGAAGUAUUCUGGUUGCAGGCUCCGCUUGGAUAAACUCUGCAAGUUCUUGGCUGAUGACGUUGCCAGCCCUAUCAUCAAGUACACUCCCAGUGACGCGAACUUGGACUCGGUUUUCAAUUUCAUCACUAUCCUGGCUUCACCGCGUGUCCAAAUGGAGUGCGACGACUUCCAUGAUAUCCUUCGACCGAAACAGGGAAAGAACGGUUUCCAGGCUUAUAAGAAAAUAUUCUCUGACGACGAAAGUUACCACCGAGGACACGGAAAAAUCUAUGAGAACUACGGAAUUGACCCUAAAGUUGGAUGCAUGGUGGUCGUUCGGCCUGAUCAGUAUGUUUCGCUUGUGACAGAGAUCGGCGAUCACGCUGGACUAGCUGCUUUUUUCGAUUCAUUCAUGCUGCCUGCUCGAAGUUCUGUGUCGUCUUUACAUGUUCAAGUCUCUCAAAUCACAAUCUGA